AUGGCUGCUCGUGCUGCUGCUGCUGAUCUUGCCAAGAUCUCCAACCUGGGACUGGGCAAGAACACGCUCGCCCAGAUUUCGGCGUUCCGCAAGCGCGCCGACGACGCCAAGCGCCAGCUCGCGCAGCUCCAGCAGCAAAAGACGGACGUCGACUUUGCACACUACAACAAGCUCAUCCGCAACAAGGACGUCGUCUCCCAGGCGCAGAAGAUCCUCGCCGAGUUCAAGCCCGUGACGUACGACGUCCAGGCCCAGCUCAAGGCCAUCGACGCCUUCGAGUCCAAGGCUGUGCGUAUCUGCCCUUCUUUCCGACAUUUCUCGCUCAGUCCUCGCCCGCAUCGUCGCUUCGUCGCAUCGUCGCAUCAUCGCAUCCGCAUCGCAUCGCAUUCACCAAACGUUCCAUCGCAUCGCAUCUUCCGACACAAGCGUGCAUCCACUCGAUUUCGCAUCGGCACGCCCGAGUCGGAAGCUCCCCGACGUGCACACUCCCCGACUCGUCUGCUCGCUUCACACCGUCGCUCUCGGCAUCUCCGCCCCGCCGCUGCUGUGCUGUGCAGACGCGCUUGCACUUUCACACGCGCACUAGAGAGCGCCGUCGUUGGAUCCAGAAUGCGCGGCGUGAGAACCGCCGCCAUUCCACCUACUGCCAAGAUCGGAUCGAUCGACACACAGCACACUCCAUCACCGCCCACGCCCUUGCAGAAGCUGCCAUCCGUCGGCCGUUCCAGCACCGUGUUAAUGCGCCUUAGUACCCGCACCGCCCUCAUCUCCGUCGAGCAAGCGCAGGCGACGGCGUCCAAGAUCGAGGCGGAGCUCAAGGACCUCAAGGCGACGCUCAAGAACAUUGAGGAGGCACGACCGUUCAACCAGCUCAGCGUGGACGACGUGGUUGCCGCGCGCCCCGAGAUCGGCCGCACCGUCGACGAGAUGGUCAAGAAGGGCAAGUGGACCACGCCAGGCUACGACGAGAAGUUCGGAACGGGCGUGGAGAGCCGAGAUCGGUCGGCGGUGACCGGUGUGCCAAAGUUCAAGGAGGUUCUCUGCCCGCGUCGACGUCGCACCCCUCGAAGCGGAAAUUUGGCGCGCUCCGGGCCCUUGGCUCAAGCACCGCGCUGGGCUGCUGUGAUUCGCGCCGCGCCAAACCCAGCAGCUCCGGCCAGCUUUGGAUCUUCUCCACCGUCAUCCACCAAACCCAUCAAGGAUACGGAUCGGAUCUUCGGCAGGAUGGCUUACUCGUCGGCCGGGGUCAGGGAGAGGCAUCAUUCGCCGCAGAGCACGGCGUUCAGACUUGGGACGCGGAUCAUCAGCUCGCACCGACCAAGCCUCACUUGCACAUGGGGAUUCGAAUGGCGAUACGCUGCCUCGCAUUGGACAGCGUUGAACAGCAUUGUAUGGCCGCACGGUGUUUUCGCGCAGGCUGCAGCCAUCCGACCUACGCGGAGGUGGAUGCACAUGUCGCCAUGCAACGCUCCAGCAGUUGCCAAUGACCAUGUUCUCGCGACGCACGCCCGCUCGGCCUUUGAUCCGGCAACCGCCUCGCGACCGGCCACACCAACACGCACUACGCAGCGCCCACGCAGACGACCUACGCCCUCGUUUUAG